GUUUAGAUUUGUAGCAUGAGCACUGAGAAGGCAGCGCCGCCGCCGCUCUUCUCGAUACCGUCCAAGAAGGGCGUGCAUCGAACGCCGCAGCCCUUUACGACGACGGAAGGUCGCUUCAAGUGGCAGAACGCGCACUCCAACACAGAUGCGUUGUACAAGCUACCUGGCACACUCAGUCCGAUGAGCAAAAGCUUUGGCACAAGCACGCGCGAAGACUGGGACCCGCGUUCGAAGCGGCCGGUCGCUGGCAUCGGCUCGUACGAGGCCCCCAAGUCAUGCGGAAAGCAAGUGUCAUCCAUGGCCCGCACAGCCUCGGACCUCUCGUUUAGCGUGGCGGCGCGGUCCUCGAGCCGCACCAACAACACGCCGAGCCCGGGUCCCAUUUACAACAUGCCGGGCGCUUUCGACAAUAAAAUUACAAACGCGUUCGGCUUCGGCACCUCGAAGCGCCCGCCGCUCGACGGCGCUGGGUUAGGCCCAGGGCCAACGACCGCGACGCCCGGGCCUGGAUCCGCGCCCAAGUACGCGUCGCCCUGCGUUUCGUCCACGUUUGGCUCCGAGAAGCGGCUGCGCCAGAACGCGAGUGUCAAGACGCCUGGACCUGUCUACGACGUCGAGUGCACGGGCUUUCGCACCGGACCCAAGUCGUCCUUUAGUGUCGCGCGGCGACUUUAAUCCAAUUGACGGUAUUUCUUGG